AUGUUUGGAGUCUUGCUGGUUUUUGCCGACAUGACUAUAGUCCUUGUAGACUUGUUUUUCACUGACAGCUCAGACAGAGUUCCUUUGGAAUAUCGGACAAUUUCUUUAGCUAUUGCUUCAUUUUUCCUAAUAGAUGUUCUUCUUCGGGUCUACGUAGAAGGGAGACAACAGUAUUUUUCUGACAUGCUUAACUUCUUAGAUGCUAUCGUUAUUGGCAUAACCUUGCUAGUUAAUAUAGCUUAUACUUUUUAUGACUUUCAAACACUUAAUAAUCUUCCCAGAUUGGCAGUUUUAUUUCGAUCUCUACGACUACUCAUCCUAGUAAGAGUUUUUCAUCUGGCUUAUCAAAAAAGGCAUCUUGAAAGAGUGACCAGAAGGAUGGUUUCAGGAAACAAAAGGCGGUACAAGAAGGAUGGAUUUGACCUGGAUCUCACUUACGUUACUGACCGCAUUAUUGCUAUGUCAUUUCCAUCUUCUGGAAAACAGUCUUUCUACAGGAAUCCCAUUCAGGAAGUUGUACGAUUCCUGGAUACCAAACAUCGAGACCAUUAUAUGAUCUACAAUCUAUGCAGUGAAAGUGCUUAUAAUCCUGAGUGCUUUCAUUCUAGAGUGCGUAGGAUCAUGAUUGACGAUCACAACGUGCCCACUCUGAGUGAGAUGGUGACAUUUACAAAAGAAGUAGAUGAAUGGUUGGCUGAACAUGAUGAAAACAUUGUGGUGAUUCACUGCAAAGGGGGAAAAGGGAGAACUGGAACUAUGAUUUGUGCCUGCCUUAUUGCUGGUGGAAUAUUUGCAACUGCAGAGGAAAGCCUUAAUUAUUUUGGAGAACGCAGAACAGAUAAAACUACUAGUUCUAAAUUUCAGGGAGUAGAGACACCUUCCCAGAGUAGAUAUGUUGAAUAUUUUGCCCAAGUGAAAAAUAACUACAAUUGGAAUCUCCCUCCAAGCAAAGACCUCUAUAUAAAAAAAAUUGUUAUUCAUUCAAUUCAUGGUAAUGGAAGUGAUCUGAAAAUGGAGAUAAUAAUGAAGAAAGAAAUCAUAUUCUCUUGCUCUUUUUCCAAAAAUUGUCAGAUAUAUCAUGAUGCUGAAACAGACAGAGUAAUAAUUAAUCUAAUCAACUGUCCACCCCUCUAUGAUGAUGUCAAAGUGAAGUUUUUUUCUUCUGCAGGAUGA